GAUACUAACAGUAGUGGGGUAGUUGAUGUAAGACUCAGGAGUUUGCUAACUAAAAAGGCAGUCUAAAUGAUUAAUAGCAGUUCUUUACUCUAGGAUACAACAGUUAAAAAAGGAAAAGCACAAGGAUUUUUUUUUUAUUUGUUGCUCAAAAAUUCUGUAUUUUACUUUUUAGUCUUCUGUCUCAAAGGGUUACCUCAUUCUUCCCAUGGAUCAACCUGCAAGUAGCUGUAUGAGGAGUUCGCACCCUGGCAGUCCGAUAUGGGGAUGCGUUCGGAACCCCCAUUCCGGGGUACCCCAGCACGGAAUCCAGCCUUAUCAACAAGCUCCCUUCUCGUUCCACCAGAAGCCCGAAUUUUUGGCCUAUACUGACUUCUCAACCUCCUGCUUGGUGUCUGCCCCCCACAGCUACCCCAGAGAGGACAGGCUAUAUGUGGACCAGCACUCAGGGUUCCAGCGCUCCGACUGGCAGUUCUCUCCCACAGAAGCCCGGACCAGAGUGGCCUCUUGCUUGCCCCCGAUCAGUGCAGAGGUGGAUGCGGUCAGCACGAAUGGAGCAGUGGUAACAUCAGCAGGGUGCUUGGAGGGAGACUAUGGUGUGCACAGGAUAGUCACGACAGAAACCGAGAAGAAAUCGGCCAAGCGGAAAAAAGAGCUUUCAGAAAAUCAAGACUCCAGUUACAAAUCUGAGCCAAACAGCAAAGCCAGGAAAGAGAGGACAGCGUUCACUAAGGAGCAGCUUCGAGAGCUAGAGGCAGAAUUCACUCAUCAUAACUACCUGACCAGACUGAGGAGAUAUGAGAUUGCAGUCAAUCUUGACCUUACAGAGAGACAGGUGAAGGUGUGGUUUCAGAACAGACGGAUGAAGUGGAAGAGAGUCAAAGGCGGACAGCCGGUUUCCCCCCAGGAGCAGGAGACAGAUGAGGUGGACUCUGCUGCUUCUCCCAGCUCCGAGUAGAAUAAGCAGAAUAGAGGCUCCAAAUAAACUGUCCAGUUAUCAGAAAACAAUGUGGGUGAUCCACAGCUGCAAGGGCCAAACCAUGCUUAUUUCCAGGGACCCCAGCCUUGCUUUGGAUAUGCAACUGGAAAUAUUGACUGUACAACACAAUUGUGCACAUAUCCAGUGUAAAUACUACUGGCACGCAAACAGGGAUAUUAAUGAUAUGGCUAGCCAAAUCUCUGCUAUUAUCAAAAAGUUUAGCAGAUGUGAAAAUAAACUAUCACAAGGACAAUCACCUAGGUAGUUUAACAAUGGUGUUGUUCUUAGUAAAAUAAAAAUGCUUGUAUUUGCAUCUUAAGGGGACUUGCUUCCUAUGAAUAAUUAGAAAUGUAUAGUAUAGUGAAUUGAAAUGUGUAAAUAAGAGCUUAUCCUAUGCAAGAAUUCAGAUACUAUGGUUUUAAAAGAGACCAAUAUACAUAUACAGUACAUGUUGUCUACAAGCUGACAUGAUGAAUGCUUUAAUAGCAGUAAAAGUAAUUCUUAAUGAAUAUUACUACUCGUGGCUGAACAAAAAAAUUAAUUAUCACUCAGUAGGGUGUAGGGUCACCAUGGGCACCAAGACCAAUUCAUAACAAUUUGUUCUACAUUCUCUUUAUGAUUCCUUUGUCCAACUGACUUGCAGUAGGGUAAUGCAGCUUUUAUAUAUUACAGAAUAUGUGUCAGGAAUGCCCAUGUGCGUCAAUAAACCAAAAUGGUCUGUAGCAAUGUGUGCGUGUGUCCAGGUGCUGUAUGUUAGGCCAUAUGAGUUACAUGGAUGACAAUUUUGUGCUUUAUUAAGCCAUUCUAUAAAGGUGGUUUUAACAUAAUAUGACCUCCAGAGAUGUAUUAUAAUUAAAUACACACAAAUACAUUCUCAGUGUUUUGAUCAACAUUGAUAAACAAUUAAAGACAGUGCUACUUCAUUAUGAAAAAUAGGUGAAUUUUGACAUGUCUAAUAAACAAA